AUGGAAUUAUUUUUUGAAAAAAAUAAUUUGGGUACGGUUGAUGAAAUUAUACAUUUGGGUCAUUGUGUACUUAGAGAAGUAUGGGGUGGAAAUUUCUCCUCUCCAAUAAAACCGCUCUUAACGAGCGGUGCCAAAGUGUUAGACGUGGGAUGUGGUUCCGGAACGUGGAUAUGUGAGAUGUCAUCGGACUAUCCAACUUCUCGCUACAUAGGAAUAGACACUCUUCCCUUGUUUCCUACAACGAAACCUUUUAAUGUUCAAUUCAUACAACACGAUUUCCUUAGUAGUCUCCCUUUUCCAGAUGCGACCUUUGAUUUCAUACAUAUCCGUUUCAUGAUAUUCGAACUAACCGAUACGAUAUGGGAACAGGUUAUGUAUUCCGAAUUAGUGAGAGUUUGCAAGGUUGGUGGGUGGAUUGAAAUUUCUGAUCCAGAAUUAAAUCUCCGUCAUGAAGGUCCUAUUACCGAACGUACAAAUAACUUUUUCCGAAGGAAAUUGCAAUCACGGGGAGUCAAUCCGGAAAUAACAUCAUUACACGCUCAUCAUCUACCUUCAACUCCGAACAUUUCUUCAAACAUUUAUCAUGAACACCGGGAAAUUACAAUUAGUUCAAGGUUAUCCGACGAUAAAGUAAUUCAAUCAUUUACAACUUAUAUGUUGGAAUCUUAUAGAUUUAUAUUAAAUUCCAUAGGUCAUGAAUUAAAAUUAAUAUUAAAUAAUAGUAAUGGGUUUCGUAAUGGUGCCGUCUAUGGCGCAAAGAUAAGAUUCCCUCAUGCUUUAGUCAUGACAUUUUUAUUUCGUACUGGAAGUCUUAAGGACAAGUUAUAUUUCAUUUUUGAUGCCACAAAAAUGCAUUCAGCAAAUCUGGCCAAAUUUGUUACGAUAUAUAAAACUUUGAUGUAUCUACAGAGAAAAAUGGUUGGUAAAGAACAAAAUGGUCAUUCAUUCAUGGCCGGUUUAAUUGGUGGUUAUUAUGUUUUUGGUGAAAACAACAACGUCAAUCAGCAGAUCGUGCUUUAUGUGUUUGCGCGGAUUAUGGUGGGGUUAGCCAAGUUACCUGUCGCUCGUAGAGCGAUGGACGAACCGAAGAACACGUUUCCAAUUUUUGCAGCUGUGGUUUGGGGUACUGUUAUACUCCGAUUAUUGGACUACCCUUAA